UGUAACAGGAAGCGGGGAUGCUUCCCCUUUGGCUGCUGAUAAGUUACAACCUCACAAGGCUUCCGAGCGCUCCGAGCGCAGACCCAGCCGUCGUUCUUCUCGGUGGCAGCGCGCGGGCUCCCUGGAAGACCUCUGCUGACUGGAUUGUACCUAGGAGCAGCUAGCGGAAUCGCGCUUCUUCUUUUUAACCAUUUCCGCUCCUCCCUCGGGGUUUUUUCCCCUCCCCUCUCUCUUUUUUUACCUCAUUUUUUUGCGGGGUGGUUGUGGUGGGGACUUUCUUCCGAAACCGGGAAAAGCCAACUCAAUUGAUUCCCAGUACUAAGCUAAGGAAGAAACCGCUUUCGAUGACAUAUGAAUGACACAUUAAAACCUGGACUGCUGGCCAUGGAAUUGAGGAGAGAGCUACACCUUUUUGCUGAAUUGUAAAGCUACAUUGCAUAGAUUUAGCGAUGGAAACCAAUUGGACUAUACAGCUGCUGCCUCUCUUAGCUCUGACAUUGGUUUUUGUCACAGCAGUUCCAGAUGAAAAAGAGGGGAAUUGGUCCAAAGAAACAGAAACUAAGAAUCAGACAGACCCCCAGGCUAUACUAGGUGUAACUAAUAAUAAAAUCAUGACAGCACAGUUUGAAUGUUAUCAGAAAAUUAUACAUACUAUUCAAGAGUAUGAAGGUCCUCACUGCAACAGAACAUGGGACGGUUGGUUGUGCUGGCCUGAUACUGCUGUAGGAAAGCCUGCAGUACAAAACUGUCCAGACUAUUUUCAGGACUUUGACCCUUCAGAAAAAGUUUUUAAGAUCUGUGAAGCAAAUGGGCACUGGUUUGUGCACCCUGAGAGUAACAGAACUUGGACAAAUUAUACCCUUUGCAAUAAAGGAGUAAAUUAUAAAUUGCAGACAGCUCUGAAUCUGUACUAUAUCUCUAUCAUUGGCCAUAGCCUUUCAAUUGUUUCACUUCUGAUUUCCCUUGGCAUAUUCUCCUAUUUUAAGAGCCUCAGUUGCCAAAGGAUCACAUUGCAUAAGAAUCUCUUCUUUUCUUUUGUUUGCAACUCUGUUGUAACAAUUGUUAUUCUGUCAGCAGCUGCCAACAACCAAACACUGGCUGCAUCUAACCCAGUUGGAUGCAAAGUGGCACAAUUCUUCCACUUUUACUUAAUGGUUUGCAAUUACUUCUGGAUGCUCUGUGAAGGCAUUUACUUGCACACUCUCAUUGUGGUGGCUGUAUUUGCAGAAAAGCAGCACUUACUUUGGUAUUACCUCCUUGGAUGGGGGUUCCCAUUGAUACCUUCCUGCAUACAUGCUGUAGCCAGAAGCAUAUAUUUCAAUGACAACUGCUGGAUCAGUUCAGAGACUCAUCUGCUGUACAUCAUCCACGGUCCGAUUUGCGCUGCUCUUUUGGUGAAUCUCUUUUUCCUGUUGAACAUUGUCCGUGUUCUAAUCACUAAAUUAAAAGUCACCCACCAGGCGGAAUCCAAUCUCUACAUGAAGGCAGUCAGAGCCACCCUCAUACUGGUGCCACUGCUUGGCAUUGAAUUUGUGCUGUUUCCAUGGCAGCCAGAAGAUCACGUUGCUGCAGAGAUUUUCAACUACGUGAUACAUAUCCUGAUGCACUAUCAGGGCUUGCUGGUGGCAACAAUUUUCUGUUUUUUUAAUGGAGAGGUCCAGUCUGUCCUACGGAGGCACUGGAAUCAGUACAGGAUCCAGUUUGAGCAUAGCUUUGCUCACUCCGAUGGUCUCCGAUCAGCUUCCUAUACAGCUUCUUCCUCCAUCACUGAUGGCCAAAGCUUCAGUUAUAACCACGACUGCACCAGUGAACAUUUAAAUGGAAAAAGCUUUCACGACAUGGAAAAUGUUGCUUUUAAACCUGAAAAGCUGUAUGGGUGAUUACAGAAGACUGUUUCAGUUCUCACCAAUAUAUUAUUUCAAGUAGAUGACUCCAUGAGCAGCAGUGACUUUUGGCAGGAUGGUUGUUCUUGAAGAAUGCAAUGAGUUUCAAUUUGUUUCUUGUGUCCACAUGCAUUAGCAUAUCUUAGCAUGUGAGUGCUUAUAUACUGGAGCUGGUGACACCCAACCAUUGAAAUGUUAAGCUUCAACCUCUGGAUUUAAAACAUUCAGAAAGAUGCUGGUUGAGAUUUUAAUGGGAUCAAUCAUGCCCUAGUUAGAUCUGUACUUGUAUAUAUGUUUUCUGCAUAUGAAUAUAUCUGGAGAUAGAUCAACUUUGCCUCUUCAACUUCUACUGUGUAGACAAAUUGGGCAAUUAUUUUGUACGAAGGAAAUCAAAGAAAGUUCUGUAUUUUUUCAGCAGUUUGUAUCAUGACUGGGUUGUCAUUUUGCAGCCAUUUUGUUGCUUCAAAACAUGUACAUACGGUAUUUAUCAUAUUCUGUUGUCUUAAAUGCAACCAACAAACACAGUCUAAAUCUUGGGAAAAAAUCAUGAAUUGCAAAGCAUUUUUCAUGUUGACCGUGGAGCCUCUAAGUCUGACAAAGAUGGAUACAAACCAAUCUGGAAUAUUUUAAAUGAAGUGGGUUCAAAUUUAUUAGAAAUAUAAGGGUCAACAUUUUCAGGUAUACCUCUGCCUCUUCCCUUCAAUUCCUGUAAGGAACAUAAAAGAAAGUAGUCAUCAUAUCCCGUCAGUAUCUGGUAGGCAUGGGAGCUGUGAUUGUAAGGUGGAGUUUCUGUGUAUCUGUGGGCUUUCCUUUUGUUUUAAUUAAUGGGUCCAGUUUUACAUAUGCACGAAUCUAACUCCAGCCAAGUAAAUGCUUAUGCAGGAGCAGUGCGUGCACUGCAGUAUACUGUACAUAUAUUGCAGCAUAUGCUCUGAAGAUGCUAUACCAGUGUCACUGGUUGAUUUGUAUUCAGUAAAGAAGUUGGGUGAAAACUUCUUUAAGACAUGAAAACUGCAGGGACUCGUCCCGGUGGUUGCCGCAGAAUCGGUCACGACUGAGUGCGGGAAAAGAAAGGUUGGGUGUUUAACUGACCAAGUUAGAAAAAAGUAUGAUAAUUUGUAGAUAGGCUUCCCUGAUUGGGCAGCUGCUUUGACCAGAACAACAGAAGACAGUGCAGCAGCUGAGCCUUUUAGAGAGCAGAGAGGAGUGAUGGGGCUCAAACCACCUUUAUUUAUUUUCGCUGAGUGGAAGCUAUGGAUGGGGGGAAUCAGUACUGGAAGACAGGGUCUAGUAACGGAAGUAGUAUACCCACAGGGGCUCCAUGAUCCAGGCCCACAGCCAGAAUGCUGUCACUUAUAGUCAACAGUGAUCCUAUCCUCCUAUUACCUUUACAGAGGCAGAGACAUUCUCACUCAAAAUCCAGGGCUAGAAAUGAGUUGUUCCUAUUGGGGUGAGCAAAGACCAAAUGAUGAUGAUCUAAUCAUGCUGAGCACCCCAGUUCAGACUCCUAAACUAGGUAGAUUUUUGGUUUCAAAUGUAUAGUUCUUGGUCAAGCACUAGUGGGGUUGUUUAGACCUUGACUUUUUUUUUUUUUUUUUGGUCAGUGGGAAAAGUGCAAUUCUUUUCUUCCACUGAUGACUGGAGAGGAGGGGAGGGGAGGGAAAGAAGGGCAGUUCUCCUCCCUUUUACAACCCUCUCCAAAUCUACUCUGGAUGGCUGGGGAACUCCAGAGCAGGUACAGGAGGAACUGAAAAAAGUGUAUUCAGUAGAAAUUGUUGUGCUGGCAGAUUUCCAAUAGAAGUCCUUUGAUUUUGUGUGUUUGUUUUACCUCUCUUUGUUCAUUUGAAGCCAAUGGAUGAGAUGGCCAAAGAGGCUGUCCUAAUAUUGGGCCUUGUACAGAACCCUUAAGGGGCUACAGUCAGCAAGGUGUCCUCCACUCUGGUCUGAAAACAUGAAAGCUACAUGGAAGUCAGUGGGAUUUGAGGCCACCUUAAUUGUCUGCAAGAUUGUAGCUAUAGCCUUCUGAAUGAAGCCUCUCCUGAUUUGCAUAGAACUGGUUUAACUUUGUGUUGUCUGAGGUUACUGGGUUUUAUUCUUCUGCCUGUAUAUACACUCAGAAGUGCUUUACCCAAUGGACAAAACCACUGUUACUGUAUUUUUAACUGAUCCAGAACUGUGCAAAAGAUUUAAUAGGAUAAAUAUCUUUCAAGGAAGUUUGAUAAGAACUUUAUGCUGUGCCUUUGUGAAACAUUCUUUUUUUAAAAAAAAAGAUAAAUAAAUCUUGUAUACUGAAUAGCAAAAUAAAUAUGCAACAGCACAUGAAGUUAGGUGAAAUAAACCUUUCAAAACUU